AGUCUUCCAAUACUACAGUAGCAACUGUACUUUUACACUUGGUGCUGUGUAAACUUGUGAUAAUGAUAAUUUCAACUUGUUUUUUUUUUUUAUUUUAAAAAAAUUCUCCUACGUAAGUGCAUCUCCUUGCUCUUUUAAAACGUUCUUGCAGCAGCACCUGUAACAUCAACAAUUUGCCGCCCGGUAACAAUAAAGUAUGUUUAUUAUGAAUAUGUAUAUGUAACAUAACUGCCACACACUGGUCUUUUAACACUGUUGAACGUUACAGCCAACAACAUCAGCAAAAGAAAAGAAAAAAAACAGAGAAAGUAGCAUUUAGCCGAUGGCACAACGAUGUAUGUAUCUCGCGAAAACGCAAAAACUAAGACAAUUUAAUUAUAUGUUUUAAUUAAAUGAGUCUAGCCUUUUGUUAAUUCUCAACUUUUGCCCCGUGUUGAUAAAAAGGAAGAGGAGGAGAAAUGGAGGAGGAGGCUCCCGUCGCGUUUUGACCCUGUGAAUCUUUCACACCAUAAACACCACCCUCCUGCUCCUCCUCACGCCUCCUUAUGCUGCCUAUAAAAACACCUCUGUAGCGGCCUUGGUGUUCUCCAGCCUGUCGGACAGCAAGCAAAAGGAGCCAAAAAAGCAAAUGGACGCUUGUUUUCCCUCUCCUUUCCCUUCACAUCCACAGCUGUAAGCCAGAAAGAAAGGUGCACCAGUCGGAGCCGAGCCAUUGAAGGGACUGCCGUUAACUCUUGGUUUUCUGUAGUAGAACUGGACCUUAUCCGACCCAACCCGGAUUGGACCGGACUGUGAACCGCGCAUUUGACGUCUCUGUAUGAAGAGCUGAUGCACUACUCUGGGUUGGAGGCCAUGUCAGUGGGGGAGUACAGAGAUGAUAUCAGGGCACUUCCUCCCUCACAGUAUGGAUCCACCAUUCCUGACCUACUAAAACAGCACAAAAACCAGAUCUAUGGACAUCCACUGUUUCCACUGCUGGCCUUAGUGUUCGAAAAGUGUGAGCUGGCUACCUGCUCUCCUCGAGAUUCAGUCGGUCAUUCCGUGACUCAUUUCUCCCACAUGACCACCCACAGCGAUGUGUGCUCCUCCGAAUCCUUUAAUGAUGACAUUAUUGCUUUUGCUAAGCAGGUUCGGUCAGAAAAAAACAUAUUUUCAUCCAAUCCUGAGCUGGACAAUUUGAUGAUCCAGGCAAUACAGGUCCUCCGCUUUCAUCUACUGGAGUUAGAGAAGGUGCAUGACCUGUGUGAUAACUUCUGCCAUCGCUACAUCACCUGUCUUAAGGGCAAAAUGCCCACAGACCUGGUGCUGGACGAGUGGGAGGGCAGCUGUAAGUCGGACAUGGAAGAUAUGACUGGGUCAUGCACCAGUCUGUCGGACCAGAAUACAUCAUGGCUCCAGGAACCAGAUGAAUGUGGCUCUACACCGGACCCUGGUGGCCUGCCCUCACACAGCACAGUAGACAACUGUGAUGGUCCAGAUGGAAGCAUAGCCUCCCCGAGCACAGGAGAAGAAGAGGAGUCUGACCGAGAAAGAAGAAACAAUAAAAAAAGAGGGAUUUUUCCAAAAGUGGCAACAAACAUCAUGAGAGCCUGGCUCUUCCAGAAUUUAACACACCCAUACCCGUCUGAGGAGCAGAAGAAGAAGCUUUCCCAAGACACUGGACUGACCAUUCUACAGGUCAAUAACUGGUUUAUCAAUGCCAGGAGAAGAAUUGUCCAACCGAUGAUUGACCAGUCCAACCGCUCAGGUCAGACUGGACCCUACAGUCCAGAUCUAGCAGAUUUAGGGGACUACGUUCUUGACAGACAGGCACAAACUGGUCUUCAAACAGCAGGUCUUCCAGCCUUGUCCUCUCUGCAGGGUGACUACUCCAGUGCUCUCCUCUCCCAGCCUUGCUAUCCUCCCCAUCCAGGGUCCUCUCUCCACCUCUACCCAGGUCCACACUCACACCCUGCCGUGCUACUCCAACCACCUCGACACACACACCAUACAGAGCCACUUCUUGCACAAGGAUUGGACAUACAUGCACAUUAGUUGCAGGGAAGUCAGGAUGCGGGUUUGUGCGUAGUGUUGUAGAUCGUAAGAAAAACCCACCACAAGACAUUCCCACAAAAAGGCUCCGGUCGGAGGAUACUGUCAACAGCACAGUGUCCAGUCAUCACCAUUUGUGCUUUAUCCUCAAUAACCCUUGGAAAUAGAAUAUUCUAUUGAAGAAGACCAAAACGUACAGAUUUAGACCAUGGAACUAUUGACAUGUAAAUGAAGUGAGCAGUAGCCUUGCUUUUCUAUAGACUUGAUACCAAUUCUUUGGUUGCUACUUCAGUGCUACUGUGUGGGCUCCAUUUCAUUAAUAUGGGCCGGGAAAGACUCUUGACUUUGUGUAAUUAUUUCAUCUGGUAACAUAUAGGUAGACACCAUCACCCCCCACACACAGUCUAGACCAGUGGUCACCAACGUGGUGCCCGGGGCACCUGGUAGCCCCCAUGGACUACCUAAGGUGUCCACAGGCUAUGUUCUUAAAAUAAAACUAGUCAACA